AUGGUGCGAAGUGGCUCAAACCUGGUCAAACCAGGCUGGAAAGUGAGGGAAGCCGAUUCGGGAGGGAUGGAGGCAUGGUGGCACAAAGGCCAAUAUAAUAGGGCAAAAGGAUACGGAAUAGUCUCAAGUCAGCCGGUGGUAGGGCACCAAGAAGAAUGGAUUCCCCUCUGUCUCUGUCUUGACGUUCUCCUUCUCCAGGAUCCCACUUUGAAGACUCGAUUCAAGCGCCCGCCAACCGCAGCCAGCAUCAGCACCAAGCACCCCGGGGCUCGCACGACUCGCACGACUCCUCCCACCAGAAACACGCCCGUGCCUCGCCCCUUUCCACCACCCAUUCACGCCCACGUCGCUGCUACUGCCGCUGCCGCUGCUGCACCAUCCACCAUCAACACCACCAUCAACACCACCACCAACACCACGGAGCCUGCAUCAUUCGAUCACAGCCAUCUAUCACCGCGGGCGCUUGAAAAACAACCUGCUAGAGAUGCACCUGGACUGACUCCGAAGACCCAUCAUCCCCAUCCUCCCAUUUCCGACCCACGAUCAUUGACCUCGUCCUACGCCGAACCUGCGCCUCCUGCCGACUACCUCCUAUACCAACAGAAGCCUCUUCCCCCUCCGCCUGCACCUUCACAAGCUCCUAGUUCGUACAGAAGAUCCUUCCUCGAAGCGCUGCUCCCGCGGCAGAGCCCAAAAAGAACCAUUCCACCCGACAACCGCUCUGCUGCCUCACGUGUCCUCAAUCCCAUCAACCACGUCCCCCGUCCUACUCCAGUCCGCGUCCAACCUCAACGACCUCAGCUGUCCACCGACGUGGGUGCCGGUGCUCGCGGCACCGGCGAAGUCCAUACUCUUCUCAGCCUCCCCGAACAACGUCGCUCACGUCAACAUUCUCCCACAGACCCUAUCGUCGAACACAGUCCUCAUCUAACUCCAACGGGCGACAGGACCAGCAUCGGGCUCCCUUCGAAUCAACAGCGCGGCAAUAAUUUUCUUCCAGAGUCUUCCUCUCGAGGUGUUGGACUGAUGGUGGACUUGGAAAAGCAAGAUCCUAGUGAUCUCAAGCCACCUGAACGGGCACACACAGUUCCUACGUCCAAAUAUAAUGUAGACAACGCGUCCACGCAGCAAGGACCCUCUGUGCUAGGCCAGAGCUACGGCGUCAACCCGCUCGAUCAACCUUUACAACCUCCUAGGCGCAUUACCUCUCACAAGUCACUGAAACGUGCACAGUCCGCAGCCUCGAUACACUCCUCUGCAUUCGGCGGGAGAGCCUACACAGACAGCGGCCAUCCUCCGAAUACGGCAUCCCUAGAAGACGUCGAAAGAGGAGCAGCGAAUGGAGAUGAAGACAGCGACGUCGCCGAGGAACUCGCUUGGGGUCCGUCUCAUCCAUGUUUCCCGCAUUACAAUCCACACGUCCCGUUACACUCACGCGAAUACGCCGCCACCCGCAUCAUCCGCAUCCGUCGCGACUGGAUGGUGGUAGGCGAUCUCGCUCCUACAUUCUCAAAUAUAUACCCCGAAAUCCUCGACCCGUUAAUGCAAGAACAAGAAUUUCGAUAUGUAAUAGAACACAUCAAUCAAACUCUCUGUCAAGCAUAUGACCCAUUCUCGGCGUGGAACUGGUUUGAUGGCAUAAUGGGUGUAUUAACAGGUUGGUUCUGGGAAGAUUUCCGGCCCUGGGGAAUCAAAGGCGCUCUGAGGGGAUUAGAAGAGUGGUUGGAGGAUUGGAAUCAUACCGUCGGUGCCCGGGACGGGGUGAAGAUUAUUCCCUUGAGGAGGACCGGAUACAUGAAUCUGGAUAUACAGAUUCCGGAUCCUCAGGUUAGAGUUGUGGGGGAAGAUGGGGAGAGUCAAGGCCCGCGACCUAAUACGCAAGGAACCGGGACAGCGACUGUACCUCCGCAGAGUGCAACGGCUGGUGCAACGAGCAAGGCACGUUGA